GUCACCAUGACAAUAAACCCCUACCCCACCGACUAUGUCACCACAGACCGAGGCGGGAUAAUCGAAAACCGGCACCAAAUCCACGCGGCCAUCGUCAGCGCCAGCACCGGCAAAACGCUCUUCGCAGUCGGCAACCCCAGCCGGACAACGCUCGCCCGCUCAGCCGCCAAGCCCGCGCAAGCGCUCGCGAUCCUGCGCACCGGCGCCUUCGACACGUACUUUGAGCCGGCAGACCUAGCCCUCAUCUGCGCCUCACACAGCAGCGAGCCCCGGCACGUCGCCCGCGCAGCACGCAUGCUAUCAACGCUCGAUCUCCCCGAGUCCGCGCUCCGCUGCGGUGGCCACGCACCGCUCAGCGACGCCGUCAACCGCGCUUGGAUUAAAGCAGAUUUCGAGCCCGGCCCGCUGUGCAAUAACUGCUCGGGAAAGCACGUGGGGAUGCUGGCGGGCACGCGCGCCCUCGGCGCCAAUGAGGCAGAGUAUCAUCUGCCGGGGAGCCCGAUGCAGGUGGCUGUGAAGAGGGCGUUUGAGGAUGUGUGCGCGCUGCGCGAGGGCGAGGGCCAGGUCAGCUGGGCCACCGACGGCUGCAAUUUGCCCGCGCCGGCGUGUCCGUUGCACGCGCUUGCGCGGAGCUAUGCGCGGUUUGCGGGGGCGGCGGACGCGGUGGCUGCGGGGGAAGCUGCGCUGGACGCGCAAACCCGUGAUAUGGCGCGCAUCUUCAACGCUAUGGCGCGGCACUCUGAGCUCGUGGGCGGAGAAGGCCGUUUCUGCACUGAGCUGGCGACAGCGUUCGAGGGCGCGGUUGUCGGCAAGCUGGGCGCCGACGCGUGUUAUGGCGUCGGGAUACGGGAGUCGGAGGCGACAAGGCGGCUAGGCGCUGAUGGAGCCAUUGGCAUCGCGGUCAAGGUCGAGGAUGGCAGCAUCGAGAUCCUGUACGCGGCUGUGGCGGAGAUUUUGGAACAGUUGGGGAUCGGGACGCCUGAGGUAAGGGCGAAGUUCGACAAGUUUCAUCGCUUAGUCAAGGUUAAUACGGCGGGUGUUGUGACGGGGAGGGUCGAGUGUGGGUUCAGGGUGAGGGCUGUGUAG